CAAGGGGGUCACGCCGGAGCAUCAGGACCAUGGCCAGCUCCCGCCUCUGCCGGCUCUGUCUGGGCUACUCGCUGCUCGUCCUGCUGGCCGCCGGCCAGGAGCCCCUGGGGCCCAGGGCUGCAGACAGCAAAACCCAAGAAGAAAAGGACCUGAUUGACGCUCUCCAAGAGGUGCUGGAGAAACUGAAGACGGAGCGGCUGCCCUCCAUAGAGAAGAAGCUGGGCUCAGUGGCCUCGUGCGACGCCGGAGAGCCGUGUGCCGUGAGGAAAGGAGCCCGGAUCGGGAGACUCUGCAGCUGCCCCCGCGGGACGGCCUGCAACUUCUACAUCCUCAAGUGCUUGUGAGGAGGACAGGAUGGGGCGGGGGGAGGGAGGCCUGUGGAGCAGCUUCUGGUCCUAAUCUCUCCACCUUGCCUGUUUGGCAGCUGGCAGGAGGUGGGCUUGGUUUUUCUCCUGUGCUCGUCACUUCCCCCAUGGCCCUGAAGGCUCCCUCCCCAUCUGAGUGCCUGCGAUGGAAGGAGCUCUUUGUGCAAAGUGCGCCAUUGCUUUGCUCCCCUGCGGGAUGCUAGGAGAAGCCAGCCUGGCCUGCUUUUCCACGGUGCCAAGCCCCUGAUCUCAGUGAGGCCAGCAGCUCUGAGAAUCAGCUCCCAGCCCCACUUACAUUUCCCAUGUCCCUUCUCCCCGCUUUCCCUGCCUGGAGAUCUGGGGACAAAGGUUCUCUGCUCAGUGCAGUGCAGACAAAGGUUCUCUGCUCUCGUGUCUCUGCUUGGUCCCUGGCUGUGGGUAGAGUAGCCUGGGGGUUGCUCUAACAUGGCCCCGAGGUACCAGCUGCCAGCACGCUGCUCUCUGGCCCCAUCUCACCCUGCCGUGGCUCCUGCACAAGAGGCCACGAGGAGGCUAGCAUAGGAGCCAACCACAGAGACUUCAGUGCCUCCUGGGAAUCUCUCACGCCAGGGGAAGGGAAGCAGGUGGACGAGCUUUGCUCCCAGGGGCUGGCUGCUGAGACCUGGUCUCCGAGUUCUCGGUUAUCUGAGCACCAGGGGCAUCCCUGCAGUGCCAGUAGGGGUGGCUUUGGAUUGUCUCUCCCGGGGAGGAAGGAGCAGCAGGAAGAGGGGACCUGAGCCAACCAUGCCGCAUGCAAACACCGGAGAUGAGCAGAACAUCCCCCUAGCCAAUCAUUCUCCCUGCUCCCUAGCGCCAGUUCCCUGGCUGCUGCAUGGAACCUGCUCCCCCUGACACUGGGCAAAGAGCCAGGCUGUGCAGAACGGCAGCGGAGGGGAGGGGAGGGAGUGCUGGAGGCAAUAGGUAAUGAGAGGAAGGCUAGCCUGGGGGGUUAAGGCACAAGGCUGGGAUCCAAGUUCAAGCCCCAGUUCUGCUAUGGACUCCUGGUGUGACCGGGGCAACCUCACGGGCCGGUAACAUGGAUAAUAACGCUUCCUUGGCCCAUUGUGUCUGUUUAGACUGUGAGCUCCCCGGGGCAGGGACCAGCUCUGACUCCGUGUUUGUGCAGCACCCGGACAACAGGGCCCCCAUCGCAGCUGGGACCUCUGGGCAUAGAGAAUCAGACUUGGUUCUAGAUAAUCUUCUAGCAUUCCCCACAGGCAGCAGUCCCCGUGGGGGGGGGGAUUUUCUCUUGUUUCCAGAUUGUAUCGGCUUUAGCCCAUCCCUGCAAUUCAAACUGGCACCGGGAAAUAACCAGAGACCGAGGCAGACCACAGCAGCAGCCUGCACCCACGGAGAUACAGGGGGUGUUUGCACGGUCUGUGCUCUCAGCCGGUAGCAGCAGCAAAGAAACCUGCCCCCCGAGAUACAGCAUGAAGUGUGCACAUUGACCGCCCAUUGCAAUGAGCAUCAGAGCUCCCCCUGCUGGAGCAGGAGGGCAGCACGAGCUGCUGGUGCAACAGGAAAAUGGUCACACUGAAGGCCCUGAUUCUCCAGGUGUUUAUUAGCUCCGGUGCCAAAUGGGUACGAGAAACGUUCCCGAAGCAGCCUGGUAAAACAGCUGCUGUGCACUUUGCCUAGUUGUGCCAAUGGCUGAACAAGGGGCAGGCCCAGGGAGGAGCAGCCCCCGACGGGCAGGGAGCGUAAAGGAGAUGGGAAAGAAAUAGGGUCAUGGGCCCUUGUAGGGGUCGGUUUCUUUCAAAAGCUGCAUCUGCCUUGAAAUCCCACCCCCCUCCCGCUUCGUUUCCCAAAGCACAUUCAGCCUGUGGUGAGCCCACACAGUCAUGGA